UUCAGAUCGGUUUCAUGCUGUGAUGAAGCUGCACUCAAAGCCGGCGAUGGUGCGAAGUCCGACGACGCGACUGGCGACCACAAAGUCAUCGUCAUUCAAAGAGAAGAAGAACAUCAGCGUCCAUGUCGAGAGCCCAAUUCAAGUAACCACUGUCACCGAAGAGCCACGCAACGAACAACUGAUCGAAGAACCAGCACAUUUGUCGUCGAAAACGGUACCUGAGCCCCCACAACCUCGUCGCCCCCUGCCAAAGCACCGUGUGAACACCCUCGCAAAAGUCAAAGGCGUCGACUACCUCCAAGGCGGUCGGCAGCCCAUCCCCCCCAUGACUCUGCAUGGUCGCAUCCUCACCAAUGUCGACCCUCGGUCUCGCGAACGUGCCCAAAAGCGAUGGGAUGCGCUUCGAGACGUCGUGAGUCGCACGCCAGAACUGACCCGCAUCACACAAAAGCUCCAGGAAAGCAUCCGGAUAUUGAAGAUGGAUCCAUGUGACCGGCGCGACACUGACAUUGCUCACUUGUACUCGUGGCUCAUGUCACAAGAGAACUUGAGUCCGCUCUUUCAAACAAUGCCCGAGAAGAUGGGCAAGAAUAUUUGCCGGGAGCUCGAGUUCCUCCACCUCCGAAGUAACGAUGUUGUGGUGCAUCAGGGCGACGUGGGCUCGACGUGCUUUAUCUUGAUCAGCGGAUUAGUGGCAGUGUUUGUGCGAAGUCCAGACGAACAAGAGCGCUUCACCCGUCUCGGCCUUCGCAAGUGCUACCCCCCGGACCCGUCGACGAGUCUGCAGCACUUGGCCGAUCCCAGCGCCUCCAAGCCAACCCCCCCACCCUCCAUAGACCCCAUCGUGCAAAGGACCGGUUCCCAGAACUUCCGCGCGGCGGCGAUGAGCUUUGGGUCCAAGGUGGCCUCCCUCAAGCCCGGGGCCACGUUUGGAGAGAUCUGCCUCAUCGAGCCCGACUCAAGGCGGACCGCCACCGUCCUCGUCGACGGCGCGUGCAGCUCGGCCAACUUUAUCGUGCUCACGUCGUCGUCGUAUACAAAGAUGACUGCGACCCAGAAAACAGAAGGCACGAUAUCGGAUCACAUUGCGUUUCUCCACCAACUAUUUAUCUUUCGAACGUGGUCGAAAAUGCAACUCAUGCGGCUGGCGUCGUCCAUGAGAUACAUGGUGUUUUCCCCACAGCAAUUCCUGCAGCGCAAGAACGCUGACAUUGAGUACUUUUACAUGAUCUUGAGCGGCGAAGUGCGGGAAGUGAGCAGCAUUGUGUUUCAGCAAGUCAAUCAUGUUGGCGGGGGAACAAAGAAGCUCACAGAACACAAAGUCACGGCCGAGCUGACUUAUAUUGGCAAAUAUGAUGUCGUUUGCGAAGGAUUGGUCUACCCGCGUAAACUACACCUGAGCCCAGUAGACAUUCGCGCCGGUGGCUUUUUUUCCCUUGCAUUUAACCUGGUGACAUCUUUUCUUCGUAGAAACCACAGUGUGUGCGCUGGCGUUGAGUAAAAAACUGUUUCAGCUGUCGAUCUUGAGCGCGGCGCAGCUGCAUCAAAAGCAUGUGGCGCACACGCUGCGGGUGCUCGAGCAAGUUAGCGACGCCCGUCAAAAGUGGCGGGAGGCGCGCAUCAACCAGGCCACGGCGUACCCCGACCUACUCAUUAAAAUCACAUCCAAAAUGAUGCGGCUGAGCGGCAACUUGUGCAUGCAGUGCGGCCGGUGCACCCACAUCGCAGGCGACUCGGUGUGUCUCUUUGAUGCGUUUCUGAAAGCGCACGAGCCAAAGCCUGUCGAGCGGCAGUACUUUCAUCACCUGUGCAAGGACAAGACGGACGAGCCGGAAGACAGCGGCAGGUCUCCGUCCCCGCACAACCACCACGACCACGUGAUGAUGGUCGCCGCCGCCCCCGCCCUCGCCGCAGACGACACCCGGCUGUCUGCGCACCGCCAACUGCUUGCCGAACAAUGGACAGAGGCAGCCAAACAUGGCAUUUCCCCUAGACGACCCGCCACCACCGUAAGUACAAGGAGAUAGUACGUCGGUAGCUCCUGGCCAAUCGUUUCAUAGGACUCGACGACUACCAUGACCACACGUCGACCGAAACCAAACGCUAGAGACAGAGGCAGCAUUGCCGCCGACAUCGAAGCCGUGCGGACAUCAUGGCCGUAUGCGUCGCACUGAACAUUACGUCAACCAAUACACAACGACGUUGGGUUCAUGAUGCGCUAGAUAUGGUUUUUUUGUGUUCGGGGGUAGAAACUCUUGGAUGUCGUCGGAUUGUAUUCAAUGUCCAAG